AUGGAAAUUCUUAUCUCUUCAACCUCCAAAACCAUUCCAUUCCCAUUUUUCUGCAACCCCAAAACUCUACAUCCAAAAUUCUCAUCAAACUGUAACAAACCAUUUCACAGAAACCAUUUCCCUUUCUAUCUAACAACUUCAACUUCAAGAAAGUUUCAAACUUGGGCCCAUUUCGGACGACCUACCAACCGCCGUAAUUCUCUGAGGAAUAAGCUUCUUCAGGAUAACCAGGUACGCCUCAAACAUAUUCCCGAUGACCCAUCUUCUGUUUCUAGUAAUGAUGUUGCAGAGAGUGAUGUAAAUUUUCAAAGGGUGUCUUUUGAUGGUGAUAGUUUAGUUGAGUUGGAAAAGCAAAAAUCUAAGCUUUUAGGUGAAUCUGUUUUUUUGAAUAAAUUGGAGAAUUGGGUUGAUCAGUAUAGUAAAGAUAUUGAGUUUUGGGGUAUUGGGUCUGCUCCUAUAUUUACUGUUUAUGAAGAUUCAUUAGGAGGUGUUAAAAGGGUUUUAGUUGAUGAAGAAGAGAUUUUGAAAAGAGUUAGGGUUCAGAAAGGUGUAAAUGAAAUUGAGGAUUUAUCUGACGUGAGGUGUAAGAUUUUGGAGGCUAAGAAGCUAGCGAGGGAUAUGGAGAAUGGUGAUAAUGUGAUUGCGAGGAAUAGUUCUGUGGCUAAGUUUGUUGUUCAAGGUAAGGAGGAGAAGGGGGAGGAGGGUGGUUUUGUUAAGGCUGUUUGUGGCUUUGUCGCUCAACCUCGGUUGCCUUCGAAGCUUUCUGGGGUUGGUGGUAAAGUAUUGAUUGUUUUGGUUGUAAUGUUUGCGGUGAAGAAAUUGUUUAGUUUUGGAGAUAAAGAGGUUCGGUAUACUGAAGUGGAGAAGAAAAUGAUGACGAGGAAGGUAAAGGCUAGAAAGGAGAAAGAGAUGCUGACGAAGGGCGCUGUUGAAGUUAUUCAUGAAUCUAAGGAGACACCGGUGAUAGGCGUUAAAAAGCCGAAGUUGGAUAAGGAACAGCUUAAGAAUAAUAUUCUUAAAGCUAAGGCUUCUUCUGAUAAACUUGUAGUUCAGAAUUCGUCUGAUGAAGUGAGAACUGGAUUGAUUGAUAUGGACUAUAAAGUUCGAGAGAUCCGAGAAAUGGCCAAGCGGGCAUGGGAAAUUGAAGGAAGAGAUCGUUCUCUAAUUAGUAAGGAUGUGGAAACGGAUGAUCAUGUCGAGGUGAAAUCCUCCGAUGAGAGUGAAGAAGUUAAAAAGAAUAGCAAACAGGAUAACAGUUUAAGUAAUCAUCAAAAUGAAGUUGCCAGGAAAACAACAGAUAGUAAUGGAGUUCUGGAUACAACUUCUGAUGAUCUCACGGAGAAGGGCGACAAUUCAAUCCUCCAGGCGGUAGCUCAUGAUGAUAGAGAAAUUAAUGAAGAGAAAAUAGAAAUCAAUGGAAAUGCUAUGGCCCUUGAGGACAGCAAAGACAACAAAUCCUUACGUACUCCGGUUAAUGGCUCCUUUAUAACUAAUAAAAGUUCAGUGAACAAGAAACCGAGGAUCAUACGGUCUGUUAAGGAAGCUAAGGAUUAUCUUUCAACAAAACAUGACAAACAAAAUCGUUAUACAAAAUCUCCAAUUAAAAUCAAGAAAGAAAAUAUUGCUGAUUCAAAGCCUUCCAAAUAUGUUGAUUUUAACAGCCAGAAGUCGCAAAAUUUGGAGAUGAAUAAUACAAUUGUGUCCAGAAGUGACACAUUAAAUGGAUUUCCGUAUUCCAAGCCGGAAAUAAAUGCCAGUGAAGAUUCUAAAAGGGAAAAGAGCCCGACAAAGAAUGAGUGCUGGGAAGAUUCUGGUAUUGAACCUGGAUUUGAAGAUCUUCAAAAGUCCAAGACCACUUUAGACCAUGAAAUUAACGGCAUUGGUACAGAAGGAAAGGGAAAAGAGCCCGGCAGGGAAAGAUUACUGUAUUCUAAGCCUUACAUAAAUGCCAGUGAAGAUUCUAAUCAGAAGGAAAGUGAAAAGAGCCCGACAGAGACCGAUUGCUCGAAAGAUUCUGGUAUUGAACCUGGAUUUGAAGAUCUUCUAAAGUCUGAGACCACUUUAGACAGUGAAAUUAACGGCAUUGGUACAGAAGGAAAGGGAAACGAGCCCGACAGGGAAAGAUUGCUGUAUUCUAAGCCUGACAUAAAUGCCAGUGAAGAUUCUAAUCAGAAGGAAAGUGAAAAGAGUCCGACAGAGAACGAUUGCUCGAAAGAUUCUGGUAUUGAACCUGGAUUUGAAGAUCUUCAAAAGUCCGAGACCACUUUAGAUCAUGAAAUUAACGGCAUUGGUACAGAAGGAAAGGGAAGAGAGCCCGACAGGGAAAGAUUGCUGUAUUCUAAGCCUGACAUAAAUGCCAAUGAAGAUUCUAAUCAGAAGGAAUGGGAAAAGAGCCCGACAAAGAAUGAGUACUCAAAAGAUUCUGGUAUUGAACCUGGAUUGGAAAACCUUCAAGAGUCUGAGAUAACUUUAGACUGUAAAAUUAACGGCAUUGGUACAGAAGCAAAACUGUCGGUGGAGAAAAGCUUCCAUGAAGCUGAGCCAACAAUCGAACAAAAUAGUAGCGAUACUUUAAAUAUGAUAUCAGAUUCUAAGCCUGACCUAAAUCCGAAUGAAAAUUCUGAUGAGGAGGAUAAUAAAUUCAGCCAAACAAAGAUUGACAACACUAAAGACUCUGAUGUUGAACCUGGAAUGAGAAAUCCUCAAAAUUGUGAGACUACUUCAGGUGAAGAAAUUAAUGGUGAUAGACGCAAGUCAAAAUUUACUGGAAAGACAGAAAAUUGGCUGGAGACAAAUUUCCAUGAAGUUGAGCCUAUAAUUAAGCAAAUUAGAGCUGGAUUUCGAGAUAACUAUGCGGUUGCAAAAGAAAGAGUUGAUCAAACUUUGGAUAUACCAUCUGAGAUGGAGUCACCUGAAAUUGGUGAAGAUGGCGGGGAACCUGACUGGAUGCAGAAUGAACAUCUUAGGGACAUUGUGUUUAGAGUCCGUGAUAAUGAAUUGUGUGGACGAGAACCAUUUCAUAUGAUGCGUGACGAAGAUAAAAAAGCUUUCUUCGAAGGUCUUGAAAAACAAGUAGUGAAAGAAAACAAAAAACUUUCUCACCUCCAUGAAUGGCUCCAUUCAAAUAUCGAAAAUCUUGAUUACGGAGCAGAUGGCAUUAGUAUAUAUGAUCCACCAGAAAAAAUCAUACCGCGUUGGAAAGGACCUUCCGUGGAGAAAAUUCCGGAGGCCCUAAAUGAAUUCCUCGAGGAAAAAAUAAAAAGAACUUCCUCCAAAAAUUUGAACCUGGUGAAGAAGGAUGAGAAGGACUCUACUAAAAAUUCAGCUGAUUCAUCUUCAAAAGUAAAGGUUGAUGGUUCUGUAGCACCGAUUAAGAAGUCAAAAACACCAAAGACUGUUAUCGAAGGAAGUGAUGGUUCUGUUAAAGCUGGCAAAAAAUCAGGGAAGGAAUAUUGGCAGCACACGAAGAAAUGGUCACAGGAAUUUUUGGACUGUUACAAUGCUGAGACAGACCCCGAAGUUAAGUCCGUAAUGAAGGAUAUUGGGAAGGAUUUGGAUCGUUGGAUCACUGAAAAAGAACUCGAGGAUGCAGCUGAUCUGAUGAAAAGAUUGCCUGAUAAGAAUAGGAGUUUCGUGGAAAAGAAAGUUAACAAACUUAAAAGAGAGAUGGAGUUGUUUGGACCGCAAGCAGUGGUUAGCAAAUAUCGUGAAUAUACAGACGAUAAAGAAGAAGAUUACUUAUGGUGGUUAGAUCUUCCAUAUGUACUGUGCAUUGAGGUAUACACGGUUAAAGAUGAAGAACAAAGAAUUGGAUUAUAUUCACUGGAGAUGGCUCCCGAUCUUGAAUUGGAGCCCAAACCAUGUCAUGUGAUUGCUUUCCAAGAUCCCGGUGACUGCAGAAACCUUUGUUACAUAAUUCAAACACACAUGGAAAUGCUUGGAGGUGGCAGUGCCUUUGUUGUUGCGCGACCUCCUAAGGAUGCUUUUCGAGAUGCUAAAGAAAGUGGUUUCGGUGUUACUGUCAUCAAGAAAAGUGAAAUUCAGCUUAAUAUAGACCAACCACUAGAAGAAGUGGAGGAACAAAUUACAGAGAUUGGAAGCAAAAUGUAUCAUGAUAAGAUGAUGAAAGAUCGAGCCGUGGAUAUAAACUCGAUAAUGAAGGGUGUGUUUGGUGUUGAUGUCUCCGACAAGAGGUUAAAGCGGAAGUUGAAGUAG